AUGGGAACUCGAGGCCUUGAGAUCGUGCGCUUCCGCGGGCGUUACUACAUCCGCUGGCACCAGUUCGACAGCUACCUAGAGGGUCUCGGCGCCAAAAUUGUCGCUAGCAUCCCCAGCGACCCUGUGAAAUACCAAAAGUGGCUUGAGUCGAUGCGGUCCAUGUAUGCGGACAGGGAAAGUGCCCUUGAAAACAACGUCUACAAAAUCCUUGAAAACGUUGAACCCGAUGCCUCCUUGUUCCAAGAGUUCGAGGUGAUUCCCUCUGGAUUCCCGGUGAUUCGGAGUGAGGAUUGGGUUGAGUACAUUUACAUCAUCAACCUCGACCAGGAGAUCUUUACAAUCAACAACACCAUACACUGGAAGCUGGACAAUAUCCCGCGCCAGGGCGAACUGUGGCGUCACUCCAUUGUUGAGAGCAUUUAUCAGAACGAGUUGACCAUAUCCCUCGAUAUGUGCCCAGAAGUCCAUAUGGCCUCGCCGGCUUUGACGAUUCCUGAGCGGAACACAGAGACUCACUACGACUUUCACCUCGUAACCCCGAAGACAGCCCUCGCGGAACCGGGAAAGGCAUUUCUGACACACAUUGCGGCUUGCACGCUUGAUCAAUACAAGCGUAUGAUCCUCAGGUUUGGAAUGGAGUGGAGCCCGGGCUCGUUUGUCUUUCGCGAGCUGGUUUUUGCUCUCAUCUCGAUGGCGUCUGGUCAGGUCAAAUGCUACAGUUUCCCUCCUCAGCGGUGUAACCCUCAACAUUGCCAUAGCGGAUCGUGGAACUGCACUUCGAAAUUACACAAGUGGAAUGGCUGGCUUGCUGAAGAGUUGGCUGGUGAUAACGGUCCGUUGCUGGAAUUUGGCUCCUCGUUCCAUCGACCUGGCGAACCUCCGGGGGUGUCCCCUACAGAGACGACAUACUGGUUUCAAGAUGUGCUUGUCAGCCUUGCACUGGUGAUUGAUGAUGAGUCGAUCAUGAGAGCCGUUACUUGGGGUAUAGAGCAGAAACGCGCCAGGUUCCAGAUUGUCGUUGUAUCCCUCUUUCAAGUGGCUUUUGCGGAGGUCUCCUGCUCCGGUCAUGAAGCAAAGCCUUUCGUAAAAGCCAGUCGUGCUAUCAAUUUCUCGCCUCUCCGUGCUGAAUAUGGCCUGAGUACACAUCCACGCAAUCGACCAGAGUUGAAGCCGGAAAUGAAGAAAUGGGAACGUCGCGGUAAGUUCACUUUGCGGUCAAACUGCACAGGGUCAAAGCAAAGACUUCAAGGCUACUUCCCCGGUCUCACAGCACUCGCCAACUUUUUUGACGCCGCCGCGAGCCGCCUCGUGGUAUCCAAAUCAGCAGGGAUCUUCCCGACGGAACUCUAUGAACGAAUUCUGGAUUUUGUUGACUAUGAUACAUGGAGGAACUGCUUGCUAGUGUCGACAAUAACCCGCGACUUAUGCCUCCGUAAGUACAGGGUUGACGAUCAACUGAGUGUUGUAGCUGGCCCUUUUGUGAGUCGGCGAGGGGAAGAGUCUCGCUAUCAAGAGGAGUCGCUAGUGUCUUUCAAUUUCGAAAACAUGCAAACUGGCGAGGUCCUUCCGAUGACGCUUGAUCAGCAAAAAAGGGAUCAUAGGGACACGGAAGAUACGAAAGAGUGUUGGUGUAUGCCAAUCAUCGGCAGUGAUAGAAAAGCACUCAUGGUCGAUGUAUCUAUACACUUUAAGCCAGCCACGGAUGUGCCAGUGGAAGACGACAGUGACGUGGCAUUGAAUGUGCCAGAUGAGGACAGCAACGAUGAGCCAGUUGAUGCCAACUCCGAAGUUGACGAGAAUAACAGCGAUGAAGAGGACGCAUGA